AAAAUUUCAAAUUACGUAUUAUUUUUAAAAUGAAUAUUUAAAAAUUUUUGCUUGUGAAUUAUAUCGGUGAUAAUAUGAAGAAGACGGGUAUAUUAGUUAUAAAUGAAACAGCAUUUAUUAUUGAUGAUGGACUCACGUUUAUUGGAAGAGAUCCCGUUACUUGUUCAAUAAUUUUGGCUAAUGUUACAAUUUCAAAACAGCAUGCACUCGCAAUUAAAAUUAACGAUAAUUUCUACAUUUCGGAUUUACAAUCCUCUAAUGGAACAAAAUUAGAAGAAGUAUCACUACAACCACGUUUUUGCUAUGAGAUAAUUGAUAAUGCAACGCUUACAUUCGGCGAUGUUAAGUGUAAAUUUAUUAUACAAGAAUACAAUGCUAUAUUUAAAACACCAACAGCAUUAUCGAAAAAAUCAGCCGCGUCAUCGAAAGUAUCAUUAAAUACAACGAAACUUCCACAUCUAUCAACAAACAUUCAUAAAUUACCGACACAAUUAGAAGCCAUCUUCCAAGAUUGUACUCAACAAAUACUCGAUAAAUCUGUUGAAGAAACACAAAUUCUUGAAUCAUUGAUUAUAGAAACACCGAACAUAUCAAAAAUUCGAUCGAAUAUUUCGAGAACUAAAAAUAAAGAUGAUUUUAUAAUACCUGAAACUCAAUCCGAAAAUUUCUAUCAGGAAACACAAAAACAUUAUGAAAUUGAUGAAUCAAAUAAUUCGAAUAUUUCGAGAACUAAAAAUAAAGAUGAUUUUAUAAUACCUGAAACUCAAUCCGAAAAUUCCUAUCAGGAAACACAAAAACAUUAUGAAAUUGAUGAAUCAAAUAAUUCGGAUCAAUUUGAGUUGUCUAAUCUUGAGAUUUCAGACACACAAAUGGCUGAAGUUCAUGAUUCUAUAAUUCAAUCACCAUCAAAACAUAAAAAUUUUAUUUCAAAACGGAAACAAAGUGACAAAAUUCAUAAUUUAGAAACACAAAAUAUUAAUGAAGCAGAAACUCAAUUAGAAUUCGAUUCACCAAAAGCAUCGAAUACACGUAAUUUACCGACACAAAAUUUAGCUUCCAGUGCGUCUUCGAAAACAUUAAACAUUUAUGAAAUGGAAACACAGCAAUUUGAGGAAACUUCACCUUCAAGUAAGAAACAUCUUCAUGAAGCUGAAACUCAAGUGGAUACACCACAGUUUAGAAAACCUCAAAAACCUUCUUCGGCUAAUAGAAAUAUUUAUGAAGCUGAAACUCAAGUGGAUAUUGAACAGUUUGAAGAACCUCAAAAACCCUCUUCGCCUGAUAGAAAUAUUUAUGAAGCUGAAACUCAAGUGGAUAUUGAACAGUUCGAAAAACCUCAAAAACCUUCUUCGCAUAAUAAAAAUAUUUAUGAAGCUGAAACUCAAGUGGAUACACAACAGUUUAAAAAAUCUCAAAAACCCUCUUCGCCUAGUCGAAAUAUUUAUGAAGCUGAAACUCAAGUGGAUACAGAACAAUUUGAAAAACCUCAUAAACCUUCUUCGCAUAAUAGAAAUAUCUAUGAAGCUGAAACUCAAAUUUUAAAUUCUGAAAUUGAAAUUCCAAAAAUAAAAAUAAUUUCUGCUACUGAUUCAGAUUUAACAUCCAGUAAAAAUUCUGAGACUCAAUUGUUAGAAGAUAGAAUAGAUCUGAAUAGUGGAGAACCUCAUGCUGAGAAUGAAAAUUUAAUUGAGACACAGUUUGAAUUCGAUGCCGAACCAAAUAUUGAAACACCGAAAUUAAAGCAAGUUGAAACAACCCACAUGGAAGAAAAAAGUGAGGAAAUAAGAGAUGUAAAACGAGUAAUUGGAAAAAAUCGGGCAAUAAAUUUCACGCAAGACAAUUCACAAAUAAUAGAAAGUCAAUCUGAGCCAGAAAUGCCCGGAAUGAAAAAACAUGUAAUCGGAAAUUCAAAACCUAUAAAUUUCACUGAAUCACCAACAGUUCAAAUUGAUCUCAAUGAGACACAAUUUGAUGAAUUUAAUAUACCUGAGAUACAAAAACAACCCAAAAAAUCCCUUAAUUCAAGCUCAUUUUUCUCUGAUUCCGAUUCAAGUUUGAAUAGUUCAUUUAAUUCAAGUAUUAUUCGUAAUAUAAUAAAAAUUUUGGAACCAGCUAGUAAGAAUACUUCGAAUACUUCAACCCUAAAUCGAAGCUCAGUAGAAGAUCGAUCGGGAAGUUUCGUAAGUCAUAAAAUCAAUAAAAGUGUUGAAACUGUUCCAAAUGAUGUCUUUGUUGAAAUUGAAUCAAACUCAGUCUCGAAUUGUUUAAAUGAUAACAUUUCGAAUACGUCUGUUCAACAUAAAGCUUUUUAUAAAACGAAAACAGUCAACAAAGUUGUAGAAGAAUUAAAAGAUAACGAAAUAUCUUUAACGGAUACACCAAAAUCUACUCCAAGUACAUCCAAAACUGUGGAAAACUUUGAUACUAUCAAGAAACCAAAUUUAGAUAUUGAUAAUAUGUUGGAUGAUUCAACAUCUCAGCCAAGUGUUUCUAAAUCGUCUAACACCGUUGAAACUGAUGAUAUUUUCGAUAUUCCAACACAGGCUUUAGAAACAGGUACAAAUAUUUCACCAAAUAAACAAGCCAAGAAAACAUCGCAGCCUGGUGUUUCUAAAUCGUCUAAAACGGUUAAUACUGAUGAUAUUUUCGAUAUUCCAACACAGGCUUUGGAAACAGGUACAAACAUUUCACCAAAUAAACAAGGCAAGAAAACAUCACAACCAGGUGUUUCUAAAUCGUCUAACACCGUUGAAACCAAUGAUAUUUUUGAUAUUCCAACACAGACUUUGGAAACCGGUACAAACAUUUCAUCAAAUAAACAAGCCAAGAAAACAUCACAGCCAGGUUUUUCUACAGCAUCUAAUACCGUUGAAACCAAUGAUAUUUUUGAUGUUCCAACACAAGCUUUUGAAACCGUUAAAAAGAAUUCACCAAAAGCAUUUGAUACCAACAUAAGUCAGUUAUCAGAAAAAUUAUUGCAUGAUGAAGAUUUAGAAAAUAUUUUAAAUAAUGAUCCAAAAACUCCUGAAAUGUGUAAUUUAGCAGCAAGUUCGAGUACAGGCAAUUUAUCAAUUAAUAAAAAACCGGCGAAACAGCGUACACGUAAACCUUCUGAAAGUUCAACCAGAAAAAUGACACGAAAAGAUUCUGAUAACGAUAACAAAGUGUUAGAACGAUUGGAAAUGGUUGUAAUGGCUUUAAAAGAGGUAAUUAAUACAAAAAUUAACGAUAAAAAUCAAUCUGAUCGAGCUGACGUAGGUCAAACGUCAUCAAAUCGACCAACACGUAACUCACGGAAACGAAGUGAUGCUGCUACUGAAACUUUGGAGAGAAAAAAACGAAAAACCUCAAAUAAUAAACAAAAAUUGGUUGAGGUAAAUAAUAAUACAAAUAAUGAAAAACUAAUAAAUAAACAAAAAUCUGAGGAAGUUAUUAAAUUAACACGUAAAACAACUAAUCAACAAGCAACGGAUAGUACACAUGAUCCAACUGUUGAAGUCAGUUCAACUAGACCAGUUCGAAAAUCUAAAACACCAUUCAAGUUCAGAAUGGAUUCGCAAUCUGAAGAAAGUUGUGUAGAGAGAUCUUCUAGAAAACGAGGCCAUCCGCUAGUCCCUGAACAAUCGUCUUCAGAAAGUAUUGAUAGUGCCAUAUCAUCAAAAAUACAAAAAUUGGGAACGAAUUGCAAACCAACGAGGAGUAAGUUCCAGGUUAUAUUUACCAUAUUUCGUGAUGGAGAACAAGAACAAACCGUUAAAAAAUUAGGGGGUAAAUUAGUCAAGAAAUCUAAGGAUGCUAAUGUUUUAGUGACCAAUCAAAUUUCACGAUCGGUGAAACUAUUAAACGCAAUAUCUCAAGGCAUACCAAUCGUUUCGCCUCGAUGGCUUGAUGUUUGUAAACAUGCAAAGAAUUUUGUUGAUCCUUGGGAUUAUCUUUUAGAUGAUUUAGAAGCAGAAAAAAGAUUUAAGUUUCGUUUAAAAGAUUCUUUAAAUAUUGCCAAAGAAAAUGGUUUGCUUUUCCAAGGAUAUAAGGCUUUACUCACAAAAUCUAUUCCAACGGAUUUGAAAGAUAUUCUUCAAAACGCUGGCGCUAAAUGUAUCAGUUCUUGGCCAAAAAAGGCAACGGAUAAACAUAUUAUUGUAUCAUCUAUGGAAGAUAAAUCUCAGUGGCCAAAGCAAUCAAAAGUGAUAAUUGUGUCAGCAGAAGCAAUAUUUUCUGCAGUAGUACUACAAAAAAUCGAUUUAAAAAAUUAU